GAUAGAUUUAGUUCUGAAGUAAAAAACGCAACAUUCUUGUGCCGAUAAAUUUAAUGAAAUUUCUCAAUAAAUCCUUGGAAAUUUGGUCUAUAAUUUACAAAAUCAAUAGCUGGUAAUUGAAAUAAUCGUUUGUGGGUAAGAAGAAGGCCGUGCAAUGACGAUAGAGCAUGAAAUACGAUAAGAAAAUUUCCGCGCUUCAUGAAAAAGUUUUUUUUUACAAUUUUCAAUGUUUAAUAUUUGUGACAAUCAAAUUUGGGAAGUUAUAAAUGGUACGGAAUGGCUUUUUGCUAGUGCCAAGACAUUAAACUCUAUCAUUUCUUCACGAAAUCUAAUUUCGGAUCAUAAGAACACUCAAAAAUUGUAAUAAUUAUAGUUAAAUCAGUGGAUGAAAAAGAUCCAGUAAAAAAAAUUGUGCAUACGCAUUAAGAAAUAAGAGAAAAAAAGUAGGAACGAGAAGAGAGGCAUAUAAAAUUAAAAUAUAAAGUAAUAAUGUCACAUUCGCCGACAACAUCAUCGCUGCAUUCAUUAUUGGAUCAUGGCUAUGCAUCACAAAUGGCUAUGCCUGUACAGAAAAGAGCAUAUCAGAAAAUUCCAGUGGCAGCAAAACAGGAAGCAGCACAAAUAACAACAUUUUAUCGAACCAUAAAGCGUCAAUUACCACCAAGUAAUAAUAUCAACAGUACAAAUUCAUCACAACAGUCUAGCAAUGCAAAGCUCAGUCCGCCUGUAAAAAUGGCUAGAAAAAAUGCUCGUACCUCAAUAUCGCCUGCAAAAUCAACAGCAAGCUCGUCAAGCGGAAAAAAAUAUCAUAAUGGGGGUCGAGGUAGUAGUCGACAUUCUGUUGGAAGCACAUCAACAUUUUCAGAUACAGGAACACGUUAUGACACAUCAUUAGGAUUGCUGACGAGAAAGUUUAUAGAUUUACUUGAAAAUUCAUCAGACGGCGUUAUUGAUUUAAAUGUUGCUAGUGUUCAACUUAAUGUUCAGAAAAGAAGGAUCUACGACAUCACAAAUGUACUCGAAGGUAUUGGGAUUCUCGAAAAGAAAGUAAAAAAUGUCAUCCAGUGGAAGCGUGGGAAUAGCUUCAAUAAUUUAGAUCGUGUAACACUCAUGCGACAUGAUCUCGAUGAAUUGAAAGAGAAUGAACGACAAUUGGAUUCGUUGAUCGAUACAAUGAAAGAGGCAAGUAAGAGACAAAAUGAGGCGCGAUAUGCUUACGUGACAUGUCAUGAUUUACACAAUAUCGAUAUGUACAAAGAUCAGAUGAUAAUGGUUGUGAAAGCACCGUCUGAAUCACAACUUAUUCUUAUGGACGGUGAUCCACCUCCAGUUGUAUUAAAAUCAGAAAAAGAUGAAAUUGAUAUAUUUUUUUGUCCGGAUCCAUCAUCUGGUAAUAGUGGAUUACAUUCAGCAGCACCUGAUGAUUCGGACGAUGAUUUACCAAAAUUGUCAACGCAUAGCCGACGAAGUACCUCCUCUACAUCGACAUCAGCAAAGAAACGUGGUCUUGGAUCAGCUCAAAGAAAUUUGAGUAAAGCAUUCGAUGAGAUGCCACCAUCAAAGAUCAAUAAUAUUAAUAGCUGUAGUACGUCUAAAAAUAAUCUCUUUAAUUCAUUUAAUGCGACAGUGGAGCGAGAAGUGAAACAAGAGCCAAUAGACGAGCAAUCGAGUAAUAAUGAUACCGAGGAGGAAGAUAUUCCAAAAGCUUUCAGGACAUCAGCCAUAAAGACACAGAAAGAUCUAAUGCUCAAUAGUGAUGAGCCAACGGAGGAGAGUGAACAGUCGUCUGAGAUAAAGAAGGAUGUUAAAUUGUCGAUAUUUAGUCCACAAAAGAGUCAAUGUGGGAGUGCACAAAAAUGGGAGAUGCCUGACAUUGGAAGCUUCUCACCAAGCUUCUUUUUGGGCUCCACAGAUGAUCGAUUCUUCCAACUCGAACCCGAAGCUGAAUACAACUUUUUACUGUCUGACACGGAAGGUAUUGCUGAUUUGUUUGACUAUAAAAUUUAAAAUACUAUUAACAAUAUUUUAUUAUUAUUAUUAUUAUUUUUCUUUGGCGUUAACCUUAAUAACUUCCAAAAAAAAAAUACUUUUAUCAUUAUUCAAAUACUUUCCCAUCUAUAAUAUCUAUUUUCUUUUACCAAAAAAAAAUAACCUUUAUGCAUACUCUGCAUAUAAAUGUGAACAUUGUUUAACCCGUUGAGUUUUUCUUUAUAAAAUAUAUUAAAGAAAAUUGUUUUGUAUAAAAAUGAAAAUGACAACACCGAAGCAUGUGUUAUUU